AGCAAUUCUCUUUCCGCCCGAUCAGCUCCACCUAACGACACCCCUACCACAGAGCUGGCUCCGUCUCUCCUUAACCUCCGCCAUAUUUAAGCUUCCUCGUCGUCGCUCGAGGAUUCCAACGCUUUCGACCUCUUUCUUUUAUCCCUAAUCUACGGCCUUGCGCCCCGCACCCACGCCAUGGCUGAUAGUUGGGAAGACGAGGAGGAGCGACUCUCACAGCAGACGCAGCAGAACCUCAACAUUGGUAACCCCCAGGCCCCCACCUUCCGCCCUGGGGCAUCGAGCUUCACCCCCGGCGCACAAUCAUUCACCCCCGGACAACAGUACCAGCAGUACGGCGGAGGCUUCAGCCAGGGCUACAACCAGUACUACAACCAGCAACAGUACGCAGGCUACCCGCAAUAUGGCCAGCAGGGAUACCCGCAGUAUGGUCAACAACAAUAUAGCCAGGCUCCGCAACAGGGCUACGGCGCUCAGUACGGAUACCAACAGCAACCCUUCCAGCCUCAACAGCAGCAGCCCCAAGGACAGCAGCGCCAAGCACCUGUGCAGAUCGCGAAGAGACCUGCUGCAGGCGAAACUAACCCAGGUUCAGGCCAGAGCACGCCGGCACCUGCGUCGGCCGCCGAACCGAAGACAGAGGCAGCCCCGAAAGCGAAGGUCCUAAGCCUCUCAGGAGACACCACUCCCAAGACAAAGGUUCUCUCCAUCAGCGCCGAUUCCGCCGUGCCCAGGGUAGACACAGCUGCCCCGACAAAAGUGGUCUCCAUCGGCUCUACCCCCCCCGUCGCGCCAUCAUCAGCAAAGGAUAACGUGGACAAGAAAGCACCUGAGGCUGGAGCGAAGGUGACAGCCGCGAAGGCCAUCGAGAAGACUGGAGAACCAACCAAAUCGUCACCAGGAUCGGGGAAGACGUCACCAACACCGUCAACCGGACGGAGCAGUCCCUCGCGCGCUGACCAAAGAGCGGCAGCCCGAGAGGCCGAUGCCGUCGCAAAAGAGCAGGCUGAAGAUGUCGAUGAGGAGCUGCUUGCUGAGAUGUACGGAAAGGAGCAUGUCAAUGUCAUCUUCUUGGGCCACGUCGAUGCAGGCAAGUCGACAUUGGGCGGCAGCAUUCUCUACGCUACAGGCAUGGUAGAUGAACGGACCAUGGACAAAUACAAGAGAGAGGCCAAGGAAGCCGGUCGCGAGACAUGGUACCUAUCAUGGGCGCUCGAUCUAACUAAGGAGGAGCGAUCCAAGGGCAAAACAGUAGAAGUCGGUCGUGGUUUCUUCGAGACCGAAAAGCGCAGGUACACAAUCCUCGAUGCACCUGGACACAAGACGUUCGUACCCAGCAUGAUUGGCGGAGCUUCCCAAGCUGAUGUCGGGGUUCUUGUUAUCUCGGCACGGAAAGGAGAGUACGAGACUGGAUUCGAAAAGGGCGGGCAAACACGCGAGCACGCCAUGCUUGCAAAGACCCAGGGGGUCAACAAGCUCGUCGUGGUAGUGAACAAGAUGGAUGACCCAACCGUCGAAUGGUCCGAAGACCGAUACAAAGAAUGCACAACUAAGCUCUCUCAAUUCCUCAAAGGUGUCGGCUACAACCCCAAGACCGACCUUGCCUUCAUGCCCAUCAGUGCUCAAACAACAGUCGGGAUCAAAAAUCGUGUACCCAAGGAUCUAGCCCCGUGGUUCGACGGCCCAUCUCUCUUAGAAUACCUAGACAACAUGCAGACACUCGAACGCAAGGUCAACGCGCCGUUUAUGAUGCCCAUCGCGGCCAAAUACCGUGACCUGGGCACCAUGAUUGAAGGCAAGGUAGAAUCUGGUGUGCUCAAGAAGGAAGGGAAGUAUUUAAUGAUGCCAAAUCGAGAAACAAUCUCCAUAGCCGCCCUCUAUGGCGAGCAAGAAGACGAAAUCGCAGCAGCCACCUGUGGUGACCAAGUCCGCAUCCGUAUCCGCGGCGUCGAAGAGGAAGACAUCCUCCCUGGCUUCGUGCUCUGCUCGCCAAAACGGCCCGUACACUGUGUUUCGGCGUUCGAAGCACAGAUCGUACUGCUAGACCUCAAAUCUAUUCUCAGCGCUGGCUUCAACUGCGUACUACACGUACAUGCCGUGCAGGAAGAAGUAACAUUUACCGCGCUGCUGCAUAAGCUGGAGAAGGGGACUGGCAGGAAGAGUAAGAAACCGCCAGGGUUCGCGACUAGGGGAAUGAGCAUCAUUGCGCGGUUGGAGGUUACGGGUGGUGCGGGCAGUAUAUGUGUGGAGAGGUUUGAGGAUUAUCCACAACUUGGCCGGUUUACUCUAAGGGACCAAGGCCAAACCAUUGCAAUUGGCAAGAUCACGAAGCUCAUCACGGAUCAGGCGACGGCGGUUUAAGAGUGUCAUGAACAGCUAUGAUGCAAUAUCUUGAGCGUUUCUUCAGAUAGAUGCAUAUGUGUGCUGAGAUUCCAUCUGUUAGCGGCUACGAUCUGCUUCCAAGGGCUGUCAUCGAAUCAUGAUGGAAUGGAUGGGGCUGGGAAGGCCAGGGUUUUAGAUAAACUAAAAGAACCGGGGAUUUUCGCAUUAUCAUAAGAUGUUGGUGUGUCCAAGAAUUCCAAUCCACAAAUCAUUUACGUCAACAAACGUUGCAUUCACAGAACUGAGCAGAAGGACCUUGACUCUCUUCACCAUAUCUGUUCGUUCAUAGUGGUUGGAUACUUCUCUCAGAGAAUCAGAGAUCUUGACUCAAGGUCACCUUAUUAGCAGUCCUCUAAUAAUAGACUAUACUCGGAACCUCUGACAAAAUACUCUCAACCCUACAUAUACGGAGUUGGGGGAAAAUGGUAGACUGCAGGUAUUGGACGAAUAUGUG